CGCGAAGACCGCCACGGCGACCACCACAAGGAAUACCACCACUGCAACGCUGCUUUAGCAUAUUUUAGCAUAUGGCAGCCAUGGUAACCUUCGGACCAUUCCUCGCCCCGUUGUGUCAUGACAGCCCACAAUCAACGUGAGACCAAGUUCCAUUCCAUACUAGCCAACCCAUCUAUUCUCUUCACACUUCGUUGCUUAUUAUUUCCUCAAAACUGCUUAUCCAUUCAAGAGUCACUCAAUUGCGUGAAUCAAACUAGCAACGAUGACCACCUACAUACCCUCACUCACGAUCCCCUCGGGGAUCCUCCUCAACCCCGCCACCUCCAUUCUCCUCCCCGUGGCUCUAGGAACCGCCGUUGGAUUCUCAUCUCGACCCCGCGAGAACCAAAAGAACUACAUGGCCCUCAAGCAGCCCCCCUGCCGCCCACCCCCCGAGAUCUUCGGUCCCCUCUGGACCCUCUUCUACGGCCUCAUGGGCUACGGCGCCUUCCGCGCCUGCAACGCUGGUCUCUCCCCCCUGCGCUCCCCCAACGUCAUCCAAGCAACCAAGCACGGAGCAACGCUGUACACGAUCCAGCUUGGUCUGAACCUCCUCUGGAUGCCGCUGUUCUUCGUGGCCAAGCGCCCAAUCGAAGCUACUGUUGAUAUCCUCGCGCUCACGGGGACGGUGGGGUAUAUGACGUAUCUCUGGGGCAAGGUUGAUGCGGUGGCGGGGUGGUGUAUGGUUCCGUAUUUGGGGUGGUUGUGCUAUGCGAGUUAUUUGAGUACUGCGGUUGGGUAUUUGAAUAACUGGGAUUUGUCGGAUAAGACAGUUGAUUCUCCGCCGUCGUCGAAGCCGGGACACACGAAGUUUGUUGAUGAGAAGCCUUAGGAUGGAUGUAUGUUACCGGCGGAUGUGAUACGGGAGGGAAAGGGAAGGGAAGGGGCGGAUUAAUUGGAAAUUGAACUAUUUGUGAUAUUUAGGGGAAACAAGAUGUAUCGUUAGUAUAAGUCAAUGGCUUUCUUCCAGUCAUUACUGUAGGUUUAGUUGGAAAACAAAUGUAAAGUUAUCACUCUU